UUGAAUCUGGCUUCUCAGUCUGUAUUAGAGGGGCUAAAUGCUUGCUUUGACCACAGAGCGGAGAUUUAUGUUCCAGAAUUGGGAAUGAAUUUUCACGUACAGCACAAGAAGACGAAGAUUUUCGGAUGCCAGAAUCCGUACAGACAAGGAGGUGGAAGAAAGGGUCUGCCCAAGUCCUUUCUUAAUAGGUUUACACAGGUCUAUGUCGAUCCGCUGUCAGCAGAAGAUAUGGAGUUUAUUGGGAAUACACUGUUUCCUGCUAUUGAUAAAAAUAUUAUUGCUAAAAUGGUUGCUUUCAAUAACAAGAUUGACAAAGAAGUAAUGGUUGAAAAAAAGUGGGGACAGAAAGGAGGACCCUGGGAGUUCAACUUGCGUGAUCUUUUCCGCUGGUGCCAGCUUAUGCUUGUUGACCAGUCACCAGGAUGUUACGAUCCAGGCCAGCAUGUAUUUUUGGUAUACGGAGACAGAAUGAGAACCAGGGAAGACAAAGAAAAGGUUAUAUCUAUAUUUAGAGACAUUUUUGGCCAGGAGGCUGAGGUGUAUACAGGAACCAGAGACUUUCACAUCACUCCAUAUAACAUUCAGAUCGGUUAUUCGGUUCUUUCUCGUGGCAACUACAUUCCUCGUCCCCGCAGAAGUCUCUCACUUCUGCACCAUUCACUGCAGUCCCUCGAGUCUGUAAUGAAAUGCGUUCACAUGAGCUGGAUGGUAAUCCUGGUGGGCCCGGCAGCUGUCGGCAAAACCAGUCUCGUUGAACUGCUGGCCCAUCUGACCGGCCAUCGACUGAAAAUCAUGGCAAUGAACAGUGCCAUGGAUACAACAGAACUCUUGGGUGGAUUUGAACAGGUCGAUAUCAACAGGCCCUGGCAGUGCCUGCUGGAAAAAGUGGAGAAUGCUGUGAGCACGCUAGUAAGGGACAGCCUUCUCCUGACAGAAAUCUGUGCGGACGACGCCGAACUGGUGCUGCGUGCUUGGAGCAACUUCAUCCUGAACUACAAACCCAAAUCUCUGGGUGAAGGAGGUAGAAGUGUUACCGCUGAAUUAGUGAGCAAACUGGAGGGAAUACUUGUACUUAUCCAGCGACUAAACAACAAAAUAAAUUCUUACUCAAAGGCAGAGUUUGCUCACCUGGUAGAAGAGUUCCGGCACUUCAAGCUGCAGCAGGUCCAGGCUGCUGACCGGAACAGCCACGGCACUUUCGAGUGGGUAGAUGGGAUGUUGGUUCAGGCCCUGCAGUCUGGAGACUGGCUGUUGAUGGACAACGUUAACUUCUGCAACCCUUCUGUGCUGGACCGCUUGAACGCUUUGCUUGAACCGGGAGGUGUUCUUUCCAUGAGUGAGAGAGGUGUGAUAGAUGGCACAAUUCCUACCAUAGCUCCUCAUCCAAACUUCAGGCUUUUCCUUUCCAUGGAUCCUGUUCAUGGGGAAAUAUCCAGAGCCAUGCGGAAUCGUGGGAUUGAAAUUUACAUUCCUGGAGAGAAUGAUGGGAAUGUGUUGGACAAUCUGGAUGUGAAGUUACUCCUGCAUGGGUUGGGUUUAGUGGGAGAUAGCAUCUGUGAUGCACUGGUGGCGGUACAUUCAGAAACCAAGGCAGCAAUAGCAGGUUGUGUGUCAUCUUUGUCGCCUUUGCUUCAGGCCGCUGUCUUAAUUGUGCAGCAGAUACAGAGGGGCCUUGGGUUGGCCAAGUCUUUCUACAGAGCCUGUUGGGAAGUUUAUGGCCGAUCGCAACAACUGCAGAUUAACCAGAAGCUUGUAUUAGAAGUGAUUACAAAGCAUGCUUCCUUUCUGACUUCCCAUGAAAAUUGGGGUGACUCCUUGCUAGCAAUAGGAUUGUGGCCAGACUCGCUGCCUACAGGUCUGUUUGCAGCUGAAGACUCCCUUCUUUCGACAGUCCGGAGUGACGCACAGCUCCUAAUGUACUGUCUGAAUAGACUAAACCUUAAAAACUGCAGGACACUACCUCUGACUCUGCAAGAUCUUCAAAAAAUGAUGGAGUCCACUAAUCCCGAGAGUCUCAAAUUCAGUGCUGUUGAGAGGGAUGCAGACUGGAUGGAUAAAAUGGAAGUUCUCCAGGCUUCAGUGAAAUUGUUCACAGAAAAGGCAACCAAUCAAGAUUGGACAUUGAGAGUUAAAUGGCUUAACUCCUUAGCCAAAAAUCUGCCACAGGGGCUUGAUGCAGUGCGGAUUCAGCUGGAAGCAGGUGCUGUAGCCCUCAGUAGUUUCUAUGCCAGUCCCCUCUCAUCCGGGGUCAGUAACAUGAUCAAGUUGCUACAGCCAACUAUGACAGAUGAACAUGUGAUGCCUCUGGACCCACGAUGGAACAUGCAGUUUUUGGAUAUCAUCAGAAAUUCGAUGAACUUCGAUACAGAAAUGGAACACACUGAUCAGCUCCUAAUCCUUUUGAAGUCUGUAUCGAAUCGGGCAGUAUUAUUUCUCGACCGAGAAAAAAGAAGCUACACUGAGAAGAAUUUGAUUACUAGCAAGAAGCCAAGAAAUAGUGUCUUGAGAAUGUCUCUAGAUUUCCGCAAAGAUCCAGGAAGUUACAAUUGUCUUCCUCAUGCAGUCGUGGUCAACCUUGCUGCUUUCUUUGAGCUCUGGGAUGCAUUUGCAUUUCACUGGGUGAAGUCUACUCAGGUGGCCUUAAGUGAUGAUGACAUGCACGAUAUUUUAUACUGCUUGCUGUGGCGUGACCGGUUUUGGGCAGUCUCUGACACACUGACAGUGGAUUCGCAAGGGCUGUCGCUUCUGUCUCUGCACUGGCACUGGGUUAUGAAGCAUCUCAUUGACAGAAUUCCUCAGAUGCUUAUUGGAUCAGACCAGCACAAGCUUUCCAAGGAAAUUCAGUCUGUUUCACAGCAGAUUCAGAGCUGCUUGGCCAAUCCUGCUGGUGUUUCUGCCAGUAUGAAGAUAUUACAGAAGUCUCUAGGAAGACCUCUUCCUUUUAAGGAUAAACUGGGCAUGGAAUGUUUUUCUCAGUUAAAAGUUCUCAGCAAACCACUUAACAUCUUGGAGCUAAGAUUGGCCUUUGGAGGAAGUAGAUGGCAGGAAAUAAUGUGCUGUCUGAACGUUGCUGCUGCUGGAUGGAAGAUGAAGAAAGCAUUGCUACAAGCUGAUGGCCUGAUCAUUAGAGCCAAUCAUUUAGAAGAUGUUAGUCUGGGUCAACUGCAGACUUUUUUGAAAGCGGUGCAUUCACAACUGAGAGCAGAAGGAGUUACGUGUAGUCACUCAGAAGAACGGUUCACUGAGGAUACCAUCGCCAGGCAGUUAGACCCUGCCCUGUUAAACCAGCUCUGCAGUCGGGUUCAGCUGUGGCCUGCCAUGGAAUACAUCAGCCUGCUCUGGCAGUACAAGCUGACCGCAGAUUAUGUGGCCAGAGCUUGUGCAAGAAGGGAGAACAGCAGACGAAAACUAAGCAUGCGUUCGGAUUUAGUUCAGCUUAUAGCUUUUUCCCUGAAGUUGACACCAGCUGCUUCUCACCAGCUGUCUGGAUUGUGGCACUUGUUACACCUUAAUGAAAUAUCCCCUGAAGAAAUGUCUGUUCUGUGGUCUCAGCUAGUUAAUGCUGCACUAGCAUCUUUUUGGAGCAGUACUUUCACCACAGACCCAGACUACUGGUUGACUUGGCGGCCGCUACCUGCAACAGAGGAAAAGAACUUUCCUAAAUCCCAUAUGAACUGUUCUGUGAAGGGCCCAGGUAUUUUGACCCGAGCAGUUUUCUCAAAGUGCUUCUUUGAAAUUCUAACUAGCAGCAGCAAGACAAGCCAGUGGGAUGUGAGUGGGCUUCCUGUUCUGUCAUCAUCCCAUGUGACACUGGGAGAAUGGCUGGAGAGAGCACAGCAGCUUCAUGAAGUCAGCACAGCACUGUGGACCAACCUGGCAGUCCCUUCAAUAGCAGAUUUUAGACACACAGACGCUAGACUGCAAGCAAUAAUGCUGAGCAGACAACUGUCUGCGCUGGUAGAUCUGGUUCCAGUGGAUCUUCAAGAAGAAUAUUCAGAGUGCUGUGAGAAGCUCUACCUCAAGGAUCCUGUUGCAUUUGAGUUCCUUCUCAAGAUUCUUAAAAGCAUCACUGAUCAGGAGUUACUUCCUAAAGAAUUCCUGUUUCUCCUGCUCACUUGCCUGCAGCAGUUCUUUGGGGAAGGUCUUAAGGAGUUACCAGAGACAGCUUGGCGAGGAAGCCUCUGGGUGAAUAUUGGUUUGGUGCAGAUCCAGGUGUGGCUUCCACAGACCAGAUUUGAUCCAGCUGUUAAGAGAGAAUACAAGCUCAAGUAUGCAGAAGAAGAGUUGCACCAGCUGGAGUGUGAAUGGAAGACAAACAAUUUCUCAUCCCAGUUGCAUACAGGAAAAAGUAUUGAAGAUGAAGCGUUCAGCAACUAUGUUCAUCCCCAUCUCAGACUGUUGCAUGAAAGAAUGCAAAGGCUGAAGGAGCAAAUAAGCAGCGUUUCUAGAAAAAAGGCCUUCAGGCCUCCAGCUCCAGCAUACGAUUGUUUAUACCAGGAGGCCCACCAGUACAUCAACAGCAUAGCACGGGUUUCUUCAGUCCAAGAUCUUUUAGCCCGCCUUCUACAGUUCCUCCGUGGGGACAGACCUCGGUCACUCCAGGCAGUACAAAACCUGUUACGUGAAGAAGCAUCCUGGCAGCAAUCACACCAUCAGUUUAGGAAGCACCUGGCAGAGGAGUACGCUGCGUUCCCUGACGCCAUCGUUCCACUGCAAGCUGCCAUCUUACAGUUGCAGCACGGCAUGCGAUUAGUGGCUUCGGAAGUUUAUGCGGCGCUCAAAAGCUUUGUGCGCCCAGAGGAUCUCGCCAGCCUCCUCACCUCCUUGUUGACGUUUCCUUCUGUUGGCCGGGCUUUCCCCACUUACUUAACUCGUGCAGAAAAUCUGUGCUCGGUGAAUUCGGUUGAGGUCCUUCAUGGACUGAAGAAGUUUUCUCUGAAGCGCUCGGAAGGAGAAUCUGAGGGAGUGGAGCAGCCUUGCCCCACUCUGGAACAGCUCCUAGUGAAUGCUUUGUUGCAUCUUCGAUGCCAUGUGCUAUCCAGAGGAGAGAUGGACCAGAAAUCUCUGCAGCUUUUUAGACAUCUGUGUCAGGCAAUUGUAAAUGAGUGGGAUGAACAGGAACGCCGUGCCCAAGAGAAGGAGGCAAUGGAACGCAGUCUGUACAGAUACAGAAGUAAAAGUCAUGGGAAAGGGCGGAGUGAAGAAGAGGAGGAAGAAGAAGAAUUUAGGAGGAGAUUUCCUUUCCACGAGAAGGACUUUGAAGAUAUCACAGCUCAGCCAAGCCUAGAAGAAAAAAUGGAAACGGAAGAUCCAUUGGAAGAGCAGCUGGAAGUUGACAGAGCCCUUUUGUCCAGGAGCUCUAUGCAAACAGUCAUGACGGUUCAUCGGCAGUUAUGCUUAAACUUUGCGCGAUCCCUGUGGUAUCAACAGACCCUGCCUUCUCAUCAAGCCAAACAUUAUUUCAGUACCUUUAUUUCCUGCUACCAGACUGGGGCAUGCAUGGUGUCGCAGUUCUAUCCUUUAAUUGGUGCUGAAAUGAACGAUAGUCUCUUGGGAAGCCAACUUCUAGUUAGCACUCUUCUUCACAAUACCUUUUUUGAGGAAUUAACUUCAGAUCUUGUGCUGCAGCAGGAUGGCCCAUAUGACUUCUACCAGCAUCCUAAUAUUCAGCAAGUCCGACAGUGCCAACCUGUACUUGAUAAUUUUGCUAAAGAAGUGAAUGGGCUACUGCAGGAAUGGCCGGAGCAUCCAGUACUUGUGCAGCUGAUAGUUGUGAUGGACAGAAUCCGGAGUUUUCCACUCUCCAGUCCUCUCUCAAAGUUCCUGAACGGCUUGGAAAUUCUUCUUGCAAAGGCACAGGACUGGGAGGAAAAUGCUAGUCGAGCUUUGUCCUUGCGGAAACAUCUUGAUUUGGUUACACAACUGAUUAUUCAGUGGCGUAGAUUGGAGUUGAAAUGUUGGUCAGUAAGUUUGGACAAUAUUAUGAAGCAGCACGUAGAGAAAUCCACAAAGCACUGGUUCUCCAUCUAUCAGAUGAUUGAGAAGUAUGUUCAGGAACAGACGGAAGCAAACACAGAAGAAACUGAGCAAAUGGAUCUGAAAACACUGGUCAGCACACUACAAGCAUUCAUUGAAGGAUCCACGCUGGGAGAGUUUCACGCACGACUUGAAGCACUACUGGUUUUCCACUGCCAUGUGUUGCUGAUGCCUCAAGUAGCAGAAAAGGACACUCUGUGCAGCGUCCUGUGGAAUCUGUACAAUUAUUAUAAGCAGUUCUCAGAGUGUGUUGAGGCCAGAAUCACUGAACUUCGUCAACCUAUAGAAAAGGAACUUAAGGAAUUUGUGAAAAUUUCAAAGUGGAACGAUGUCAGCUUCUGGGCUAUAAAACAAUCAGUUGAAAAAAUACGCAGGACCCUGUUUAAAUUCAUGAAGAAGUUUGAAGUUGUCCUGGAUGAGCCAUGUCGGCCUGCCUUGGUGGAAAUUGGAAAGGAAGAGCAGCUGGAUUGCUUGCAAAAGCAGGAAGAAUCUGAGAACAAAGAAACCAAAGUUCAGAUGCUGAACAACGCAUUAAGAAAAAUUCUGUCUUCUGGAACGGAUGUUGCCAAGAGGGGACUACCAGAAGAAUGUCAGGAUGGCAUUACAUUUCAUACGGAAUCUCUUCAGUAUCGUCUGCCUAAGCUUACUAAAAAAAUGAAGAAAAUGUGUACCACAGUUACAGCAAAUAAUUCAUUCUUAAGUCUGGUGGAAGAUCUUGAGCAGUUCACAGGUGGUGUUAUUGUUUCUGUAGCUGAACUGCAGAGUUUAACAUUCGAUCAGACAGCAGAUAAGGAGAAGCAGAAGUCGGAGGCAAAGCAUAUUCAGAUGCAGAAGCAACGGGCUUUGUCAGAUCUCUUUAAAAGCCUUGCUAAAACGGGUUUGUCAUACCGGAAAGGUCUGUCCUGGUCCCGUUCUAAAGACUAUCAUGAAAUACUCUACUUACGCCCACUGGACUUGCGUAGUGCGUUGGGUUUACUAAACUGUACACACAACCUGGAUGCCACAUUCCUGACAGAGAUUUCUUCUGCCUGGGAUGGAUGCCAGAAGUACUUCUAUCGGUCACUUGCCCGCCACUCUAGACUUCAGACAGCAAUGUUAGCACCUGCCAAGGAGAUUGGACUAGGCAGCAUUGAACGAUGCAAAGGAUUCACCGCACACCUCAUGCAGAUGCUUGUCAGGCAGAGACGGUCUCUUACUGCGCUGUCAGAACAGUGGAUCUUACUGAGGAACCUCCUGAGUUGCAUAGAAGAGAUAGAUUCAAGGUUGACUGCUGACAAAGAAUAUGGUGUAGCACUUCCUCCUCAGGGCAGCAUUCAACACUGGACUGACAGACUGCAGCAACUUUCCAUGCAGUGCGUGGUGGUUCUGGAGGAGCUGUCUUGGUUUAUACAGUGCUGCCCUAAAGAAGAGCUAACCAAGUGCAGUGAUGGUGAAAGGACAGAUGUCAAAACAAACGUCUUUCAGAGUUCAGGACCUGAAAUGGGAAAUGCUUUUAUGGGAAUACCUGACCUAAUUCCCUCAGAGCUGAAAUACUUGUCUCCAGUAACAAUUGAGCAGCUGCCUCCUGGAUGCAGGAUGCGAAAUAAGGAUCAGUUGUGGCUGCAGCUCAGUACACAGUUGACUGCAAUGCUGGCUAAGGUGAAGGCCAUGAAAGCAGAAGUGGACAAAAUAAGACAACAGUCACGUGAGACCUUGUUUUAUUCCUGGAGAGAUUUUGAAGUUUGCACAUCAGCUGUGAGUUGUUUGCUGGAAGUCUCAGCUCAGUUACAAGGCGUACAGUCCCUGUUUCUUCCAGAUGGGGAAGACAGUCAAGCUGCAAAUCAGAUGGCCCUAAUCAAGAGCCUAAAGUAUAUACGAGAAGUUGUUAAUGAUACAUCCGCAGACUUCACGGCCUGGAGAACACAGCUUCUUGCUUCCAUGUCAAAUUGCAGUGGAAAUCAGCAGUCAGAUGAAGAGUUUGUGGAGCACUUCUCGGCAAAAGUGGAAACUGUUAUCCGUGUUGUUCUGUAUGCCAUCCAGUGUUUGGUCGAGAAAAAACAGAAAGAUGGAAAAGAGGAAGAAAAAUCUGCAGAGGAAAAUGAGGACCCAGCUUCAUUUGAUGUGAUUAAAGCAGGACAUAUAACUAAGCUGUUGGAUGAAGACCUCUCUGCUGACUUGGAUUCUUUGCAUGUGCAGAAAACAAUUUUAGCAGUUUCAGAACUCCUGGAGGACCUGAAAUCUUAUGGGGAAGAUCACACUUCGGAUAGACAUCAGUGCUUCAACCAGUCCUGCUUUUUGCUGGUGCGCCUAAAGCCCAUGCUCUGCAAGUAUUCAGACCUUAUCCUGUUCUACCUCACUGUUUCACUGGCGUCUCACAGGAGUACCGGAAAAUUGCUUUCCGUUCUAACCAGCAUUUUUACAGAGCUUGCCCAAAAGGGGUUUUGUCUUCCAAAAGAAUUACUUGAAGAUGAAGCUGGAGAGGGAGCAACACAGUUUCAUGAUUACGAGGAUGGUGGUAUUGGAGAUGGGGAAGGCAAGAAGGAUGUGAGCGACAAAAUAGAAAGUGAAGAUCAGAUAGAAGACAGUUUUCAAAAGGGUGAAGAGAAGGAGAAAGAGGAUCAAGAUUCUAAACCAGACAUUGAAGGAGAAGACAAUGCAAUUGAAAUGUCAGAAGACUUUGAAGGAAAAAUGCAUGAUGGAGAACAGGAGAAAAAAGAAAAUGAUGAAAAUUCUGAUGAAGAGGAGGAGCUGGAUAAGCAAAUGGGAAAUCUUGAUAAUGCUGAAGCUGAUGAUAAACUGGAUGAGAGGCUCUGGGGGGAUGAAGAUGAAGACGAUGAUGAAGAUGCCAGUAGUAAAACGGAAGAAACUGGACCAGGAAUGGAUGAGGAGGAUUCAGAGCUCGUUGCAAAAGACGACAAUUUGGGCACAGGAAACAAGGAUAAUAAAAAACAGCCUCCCAAGGAUGAGGAAAAAGAGCAACAAGAAGAGGACAGUGAAAGCAAAGAGAAAAUACAUGAACAAAUUGAUGAGCGCGAGUAUGAUGACAAUGAAGUAGAUCCCUAUCAUGGCCAGCAAGAAAAGCAGCCUGAAGUCGAACCUUUGGACCUUCCUGAUAAUUUGAACCUGGAGAGUAAUGAGAAGAGUGAUGAGGAAGAGGAGGAUGAAGAAGAAGAGAAUGCCUUUGAAGUAGACGAGAAACCUGUUGAUUUAAAUGAGGCGGAGAAGACAGAAGAACAGAAUGAAGAGGAUGCUGGUGAGACAGACAGAGGUGAUCAAGAUGCAGAACCGGCUGAAGAAGGCAUCUCUGAAGAUAAGGAAGAGGAUAAGGAAGAUGAAGGGGACGGAGAUGCUGACGAUCAAGAAGAAAAUGCAGAAAACACUGAGGAUGCAGCAGAUGAAGAGGAGUCACAACCACCUGAUGAGGAAAAAAAUGAAGCUGCUGAAGAUAAGGGAAUCCCUGCUGCUGACCAAGGCCUUCAGCCUCAGGAAGAAGAAGAUAAAGAUAACUCAGAGAUGGAUGAACAAGUCCCUGAGCCUGAGGAAAGAAUGGAGCAUGAAACACAAGGACAGACUGGGCAGGAAAACCUGCAGAGUGACAGUGCUGUUGAGCUGGCUGGAGAGGCUUCAGAAAGAGACCAGUCUAAAGAGGAAUAUGGAAGCGGAGCUUCAAGUGCCAAUCAAGCAGAAGGCCAUGAAUCCACACGCAUGGCCCGGAUGGCUUCUCAGAAGCAAAGCAGGAAAAACACCCAGAGUUUCAAGAGGAAACCUGGCCAGGCAGAUAAUGAACGCUCGAUGGGAGAUCACAACGAACGUAUCCACAAGCGACUGAGAACCAUAGAAUCCAGCAGUGAAGCAAAGCAGAAUACAACUCAGCCCCAGCAAAACGUGGAGGAGGCUGAUGCAUUUGAACACAUUAAGCAAGGCUCCGAAUGCUAUGAUGCACAGACAUACGAUGUGGCCAGCAAGGAGCAGGAGAAACCUAUUAUGCCCCUUGAAGAAAAGGAAGAGGGCGAUUCUGAAGAUGCAGCUAUGGAAACAGAAAUGCAGAACGAUGAGGAUCUGACAGCAGUAGACACAGAGGAGCUGAAGCCAGAAAAAAAGAACUCUACUGCCACUAAAACUCCUGGCACAGGUGAAACGGAGCCAGAGAUCCAGACUUUGGACUCUGAGGAUGCCAAUGACUCUACAACAGAACCGCUACCAAAGGUGACUGAAGAGAAGCCAGAGAGAAGCAAGGACUCGACCAUACACACAGCCCAUCAGUUUCUGAUGGAUGCUCCCCAGCCCAUCAUCAGAGAUCCUGAAGAGCUAAGAAAGGAACUUGAAAGGCAACUGGAAGCUUGGCAGACACAGCAGCCUGGGACUGCAGAUGAGGAGAAGGAAGCGGCACAGUUGUGGCAGAGGUAUUUAGUACUGACGGCUCCCCUCUCGCAGCAGCUCUGUGAACAGCUAAGACUCAUACUGGAACCCACUCAAGCUGCCAAACUGAAAGGAGACUACAGAACAGGGAAGAGACUGAACAUGCGCAAAGUGAUUCCAUACAUUGCCAGUCAGUUCCGAAAAGACAAGAUCUGGUUGAGAAGGACCAAGCCCAGUAAACGGCAGUACCAGAUUUGCUUGGCUAUCGACGAUUCCUCUAGUAUGAUCGACAAUCACUCUAAACAGCUUGCGUACGAAUCCCUGGCGGUUAUUGGAAAUGCACUGACCCUUCUGGAAGUGGGACAAAUUGCUGUGUGUAGCUUUGGAGAGACUGUUCAGCUGCUGCACCCGUUCCACGAACAGUUCAGUGACCAGUCAGGGACACGGAUAUUGCGUCUUUGCAAAUUCCAGCAGAAGAAAACAAAAAUAGCCCAGUUUCUAGAAUCAUCAGCAAAUAUGUUUGCUGCAGCACAGCAGUUGUCUCAAAAUAUUAAUCCGGAAACGGCGCAGCUGCUUUUGAUUGUAUCUGAUGGGAGAGGCCUUUUCUUGGAAGGCAAGGAACGAGUGACAGCAGCAGUUCAAGCAGCUCAGAAUGCCAACAUCUUUGUUAUUUUUGUAGUGUUGGACAAUCCUAAUUCCCGG